GUACUUUUUCGUCUUUUCGAAUCACGACUGCAACUGUUAUUGUGUUUAACCGUCUAGUUUAGGUUGCCAGAUUAUCUGAAUUCCAGACUUGUGUUACUCUCACUUGUUUUCUUAAAUUGUUAAAUGUCAGCGCAUACUGUUUACUUUCUUUUGCUUACUUAUCGGUUACUUACUUUUUCUCGUUAACGUUAUGCAGUACUGCACAUCAUCAUGCAACAUUCAAUAUAUUGUUCCAAUUUAGAAGCAAAAUUAUCAAGCACCUAAAGUUACGAUGAAAUAUAAGAGGGAUCUACGGCCGUUCAUGCAGAGACUUUUAAAGAAAGUCAAAUUUUGCUUCAUUAUGCUUGAACGUUGCCUAGUGACUACAGGUCUGUAGUGAAUCUCGAAUAUAAGAAAGGUGGAUGGCCUGCGAGUGGUCUUUACGACAUGUGGCAUAUGGAGCAUCCUGGAUCAGCUGGGAUAGCAAUCCAGAUCUGUGGUAAUCUUACGAAUUAUUUCAGUGUGCUAGUAAAAACUUCUAUAUGAGACGUACAGCAGUUGACUAUCGGGAUGGGCAAAAUGAGUGAUUGCUAUCUCUGAUUUCUGUGAAAAUAUGGCCUCACAAUAACUUGGCAUUUGAUAUCGGACGUGAUCAUUUCUUAGUUUCUGAAUCCCAAAAGUGUGGCCAUGACUUUAUGUAUCAGUUUGAAAUAUGACUUUCUAGACGAUCAGCUGUUUAUCAAAGUCCUCGACCUUAACAUAUGAGCAACAAUUUUCUUAUCAUCUUGGAAACAUUAAUUUCGUUAUGUGAACUAUUGUACAUGUGGUUAAAAUUGUUUUUAAGGCUUGACUUAAAGAAUUCCAAGAAUGCGGGGGGAUUCUCUUCUUUCUGUUGUCAAAGGCACGUUAGUUUUCCAGUUACAGGAGAAUAUUAAUAUUGCCCACCUUGGUGGUCCAAAAUACGUACUAAAUGUAUUGUGCGAAUACGUACACGUGAUUUUUCUCAUAUUCUUUUCAGGAGAAAAUAUUUUCUUCGUUGAUCGUCAUUUUGUUGGUCUUAUUUCCUUGUUACUGUAACAAACCAAAACGUUCGUUCACUGUCGACUACUACAAUCAUGUGUUUAUGAAAGAUGAUGCACCUUUUCAAUAUGUUUCCGGAAGUAUACAUUAUUUUCGCAUUCCGGAACAGUACUGGCACGAUCGACUUUUGAAAAUGAAGGCUGCUGGGUUGGAUGCCAUUCAGAUUUACGUACCAUGGAAUUUCCAUCAGCCCGAAAAGGAUGUAUAUGAUUUUGAUGGUGAUCGGAACUUGGGAAGGUUUUUGGAGCUGGCUUCAUCUUUAGAUCUGUUGGUAAUUGCACGAGUCGGACCAUACAUAUGUGCUGAAUGGGAUUUUGGUGGCUUACCAGCUUGGCUUUUGCGGUUUAAUCCGUUGAUGAAGUUACGCUCUAGUGAUCCAGAAUAUAUGAAGUUUGUGACGAUGUGGUUCAAUGUUUUGUUACCGAGUAUGAAACGUUUUCUCUAUGAGAAUGGUGGGCCGGUAAUUAUGGUGCAGUUGGAAAAUGAAUAUGGCUCCUAUUCAACAUGCGACGAAACAUACUUAAAAGAGCUUUACAAUUUAGCACGCUCACAUCUAGGGGAAAAUAUCAUAAUUUUUACAUCUGAUGGUCCAUCCAACAGCUUAUUAAAAUGUGGUUCAUCUGACAAACGCUAUCUAGCAACAGUUAACUUUGGUCCUACAACUGCUCCUGUACUUGAGGUUUUCAAAGUAUUGGAGGAUUUCCGACAGAAUCAACCCUGGGUAAAUAGUGAAUAUUAUGUUGGUUGGUUAGACGUGUGGGGCGGGGAUCACCAUAUUACUAAUCCUGAAUGGGCAGUGGAUGGACUAAAUCAUCUAAUCAGCUACUCAAUGAGAGUCAAUGUAAAUAUGUAUAUGUUUCACGGUGGAACUAAUUUUGGAUUUUGGAACGGUGGUGCAAGACCUGAAUCAUCAAUUACAAGUUAUGAUUAUGAUGCUCCAAUCAGUGAAGCUGGUGAUAUAACAAGAAAAUAUAUGAUAAUAAGAGAUCUACUUUUCCGGAGAAAAGGCACCAAACCACCGGAGUUACCAAGAAAUACUACAAAGAUUUCGUAUGGUCGUGUUAAUAUGAAAUUCGAAUCUCAUCUUCUAGAAAAUAAAGCUCCUGUUACUCAUUCUGCGUUUCCUCUGAUUAUGGAAAGUUUGCGACAGUAUGACGGCUUUAUGAUUUAUUCAGUCACUGUAACAGUCCCACACAAUGGAUCUAUUUUUCUGGAGUUCUUUGGUAUCUCAGACAUAGCGCAUAUUUAUACUGGAGAUAAAUCUGGGCAUUAUACAUUUCAUGGCUCAAUACGAUAUAAAAAUAGAACGUUUCAAUUAAACAACAUGCAUGAUAUAAGUAACCUUACUAUAAUUGCUGAAAAUGCUGGACAUAUUAAUUAUGGAUCUAACAUGUAUUCGGAUGUAAAGGGUAUUACUGGACCGGUAAUAUUGAAUGGAAAAGAACUUCGAGAUUGGACAAUGAUUCCAAUUAGAGAUCCGUUUGCUAUAGUGAGCACAAACAAAAUGAAACAUUUUCUGUCAGAAAAGAAGUGGCCAGUACCUGGAUCUAUUUAUCAUGGGGCAUUCAUUGUUGAGGAUUUGGGAGAUACUUUCAUCCAACCUGAUAGUUUUGUGAGGGGAAUAAUAUCAGUUAAUGGUCAUCAUGUAGGACGAUUUGAUCAGCAACAAGGACCACAGUUUCGACUGUAUGUACCGAAAACAUUUUUAAAACUGGGUAGAAAUCAUAUAACAAUCACAGAAUUACGAGGUCCUAUAAAAGAUAAUGCACAUCAUGUCCAUAUUACAUUUCAUGAUCAAAUGCUUUGGAAGUAAUUAUUUAUCAUUUUGUGAAUGCCAGUUUUAAGCCUUACAAUGUAUCAAUUGGACAGAACUAAUUUUUGAAUUUCUUUUAUUCAUUAUUAUUUUUAUUGCUGCCUAUUAAUAUACACAAUGAACAUUGCGCAUUUGUUAGAUUCUCGUUAGUUUCUAAAUGUUCUAAAAGUACAUGUGUUUGCGAAAAUCAUUGUCUUACAUUUUCCAUAAUUCUGGUCAUUACACUCAUCUUUUAAGCAGUUUGGGGUGCU